GUUCAGAGCAGUAGCAGCACAGCAGCAGCAGCGCUGUAGUCACUAGGAGCCGUGGCAGCAGAAGCAGCAGCAGCACUAUCAGUCACAGCACAGGCAGCAGCGACAGCAGCAGCAACAAACUCUCUCCCGUCUUUUUCUUUUUGGAGUUGUUUCCUGCACAGACGACAAAAGGCGAGGAAGUGGGAGAGAAGUGAUCCAGGGCUUAUAGCUGUCAUCAAAAACAAAACCAAAACGCAGACCUGGCUGCCCCCAUGCCUAUCGAAUUUGUUUGCAAAAUCAAAUUUGCAGAGGAGGAUGAGAAGCAGAAAAGCAAGCAGGAUGGGGACAAGGAGAGCCUGAUCGAGGAGAGCUGCACACCUCCGGCCAAGGACCUGGCCGGGUUUGCUAACUCCUGCUCCCUUCAUGGGAUUAACCACAUCUUUGUCUCUGGUCGCCUGGGCAUCCGGCAGACUCUCUGGGCUCUUGCCUUUUUGACUUCACUGGCACUCUUUCUGUACCAAGCAGCUAAGUGUGCCAUCUCUUACCUGGAGCACCCUCACGUCACAGCUCUGAAUGAAGAGGCGACCCCCGAGAUGGUUUUCCCCGCUGUGACCAUCUGCAACAUAAACCGCUUUCGCUUCUCAGCGCUCACCGAUGCUGACAUCUACCACCUGGCUAACUUGACAGGUCUGCCCCCCAAAAACAGGGACGGGCACAAACCCACUGAUUUAAUGUAUCCUGCUCCUGACAUGCAGGACAUUUUCAACAGGACAGGACAUCAGUUAGACGAGAUGCUCAUGAGCUGCAAUUUUAGUGGACAGAACUGCUCAGCCGAGGACUUCACUGUGGUGUACACCAGAUAUGGGAAAUGCUACACUUUUAAUGGCAACAAGACUACAUCCAGGAAAACCAAGCAGGGUGGAAUGGGAAAUGGGCUGGAGAUCAUGUUGGAUAUUCAGCAGGAUGAGUAUCUGCCAAUCUGGAGAGAGACAAAUGAGACAUCCCUGGAGGCCGGCAUUCGUGUUCAGAUCCACAGUCAGGACGAGCCUCCUUACAUCCACCAGCUGGGCUUCGGUGUCUCUCCGGGCUUCCAGACCUUUGUUUCCUGUCAGGAGCAGAGGCUGACCUACCUGCCCCAGCCCUGGGGGAACUGCCGCUCCACCAGCAAAGAGAAGUUCCCGGGAUACGACACAUAUAGCAUCAGUGCCUGUCGCCUGCUCUGCGAGACCAACGAGGUCCUACGAGUGUGCAACUGCAGAAUGGUGCACAUGCCCGGAACCGCAGAUAUCUGCCCUCCCAGUAAAAUCAACUGUGUUGACAAAGCGCUUGCACAGCUACAGAAGAAUAGCGGGGACACCUGUCCAUGUGAGACGCCCUGUAAUCUCACCCGCUACGGUAAAGAGCUCUCCAUGGUCAAAAUCCCCAGCAAGGGCUCAGCUCGCUAUCUCUCCAGGAAAUACGACAAGUCGGAGGACUACAUCAGAGACAACUUCCUGGUCUUGGAUAUCUUCUUCGAAGCUCUGAACUAUGAAACGAUUGAGCAGAAGAAGGCAUACGAUGUUGCAGGUUUAUUGGGUGACAUUGGUGGACAGAUGGGUUUAUUCAUCGGAGCCAGCAUCCUGACAGUCUUAGAAAUACUGGAUUAUAUCUAUGAGGUGAUCAAGCACCGGCUACAGCGUCUGCUGCGGCCGCAGAAAGAGGAGAAGAAGAACAAGCAGCAGGCCAGCACUGUUGCAACAGUGGGUCUAGAGGAAAUGAAACCAAAGGAGCCCAAUGACAUGCCACGGAAUCACCCAGAGGGGGCCUAUGCCAACACGAUUCUCCCCAACCACCACGUCCCUCAUCCUCACCCUCACCCCCAUCCUCAUCCUCACCACCACCAUGCCGGACACCACGGGGUGUUUGAGGACUUCGCUUGCUAAAGCCAACCAUUGUUUCUGUCUUGGUGACAACAGAAGAUAAGAGCUGUCUGUGUUGAGACCAAUAACAGACCCUUGGCAUUUCCGUCACUCCUUUGCUGUCACCAGUGAAAAGCUACAGCCAAAGUCAAACACCAAACUUGUGCUGCUAACAAACCACUUGUACGUACAGUAUGUAGGCACAAAACGGACACGGCUUUUUCUCCUUUCCUUUUUUUUUUUUUUUUUUUUGCUCUAUCUCUCUCUCUGUCUCUGGAUGGGAUCCCACUCAACAUCGCCCCGCUUCACGUUGUGAUUCAAGACACUUUGUGAUUUCAGGACCAAUUUUUUGGUACAUGAUCACUACGAGGGAACAAGAGGAGGACUGCAUGUCACCUUGAUCCAGUUUAUAUUCCAAAAAAAGAAAGAAAUAAGAAAAAAAAAAUUUAUUUAUUCAGCUAGCAUCUCAGAUUUUUUUUCCCGUCUGUAUCCUUCCAUGUAUGUCUCUUGAAACUGUUUCUCUUACUUCGAGGAGAACACAGUGUACCAUAUCAAGUCAUCUACACAAUAUAUUAUGUAAUUAUUUAAAGAGAUACUAUUAUAUGUUCUAUAUUGUAUACAAGAUGACAAUAAUUCAGUAAGCAUACCUUAUUCACCAUCCAAAGUAUGAAGGGAACUAUUUAGGCUGAAAUAUAUGACCUUGGCUUAGAAGAUCUAGCAGCAUCUUUCCACAUGAUACACUUUGUCUGGUUUGUGGUUAAGGUGUUAGAGAGUAGCAUUGUACCUGUACAUAAAGUCCAACGUAAAAAUGAGAAAGUUCUAAAGGUUCUGUUUCGAUGGUUGUUGUUUAUUUUUAGUUAAUAUAUAUCUUAUGUACUAUUAAUUUUGGUUAUUUAUACAUUUUAGAGACAAUUUUUAUAAGAAAAUAUAGCGAUCACGAUUGUAGCAAUUACUGUACACUUACAAUCUGCAGAUACGAUAGACUGCCAGACAUCGAUACUUUCGUCCAGGUAACAAGAACGGACUGAAUGCAUUGUGACUAUUAUAUCCAUCAUUUCCUUUAAGAUGUCUGAGACAACACAAACAUGCUUUGCUUACGGAUGAGGAUUGGGUUAUGUUUUCACAUAUGACAUGGUUGUGCUUUAAGUAUUCCUCCUAUUCGACUCAUUUCUGCCCACCAUCCACUCUUCAUCUUGGUUAGCAUCCUUACUUAAAGCUGACAUAAGCAAUAAGAGAAUUUUUUACAAAUUUUUUUGCAAACUCAUCUCCGUUAGAACUACUGUAAAAGUACAGCAGCUAUUUACAGUGGGGACCCAGCAUCUGUGUGUGUGUGUGUUUGUUUAUGUGUUUGCAUGCGCACUUUAACAUUUUGCACACAUGACUGAGCACAUUAGACUGACACAGCUCAGAUGAGCUGAUCCAUGAAAAAAGGAGGGAUUACAAUCAAAAAGCUGGAAGAGUAUUACUGCAGCGGGAAGGUUUUAUCAGCUGAAGCCACCUCUGGAGAUGCAGAUGUGGCAGCAACGUAAACAGGUACUGUGGCAGAGCCGGAUAUAUAUUCUUAUUGGUUUAUGUAAAAAAGGACAGAACGAGGACAACACAAAUUUUUAAGAGCACAAGUAAGCAAAGGGAAAUAUAAACUGAUUCACUGAUUCACGAUUAGUCUCUUUUUUUCCACUGCAGGAACUUACCAGACUUCCCUUAGAAAUACAUAUUUGAUUUAAGGCUCUUUCUUGCACCAUUCUUUUCAAAUAAGAAACUGGAACUUACAACAGCAUUGUCUAUGUUUUAUCGUAUAACCUAAAGUAGAUUAUUGUUUAUGAUAGCAGAGAUGGGAUGGACAACCUUGGAAACAUUGCCGAUAUGGAUUUUUGUUUCAGGGAACUAGUGGGACCAACUCAACCAGAAUGGGGUCCUGUGCUGUCAGCCACAUCAUAGUCAGUCGUUUCAUCUAUUUGGCCAUGUGUCUGUGCUUUGUUUUUAAUGGUUAAAUAGGAGCUCGAGUGUGAUUUUGAACAGAAAUAUCCAGUUCUUUCUUGAAAUAUUGGUAGUAGUAAGAUGGCAGAUGCUGCUCACACUUUUUUAUCUUGUGACAAAGAAAUCUGGGUUUCGUUUACUUUAGCAAAUCCUAAAGGCUGGAAUUUGCUUUUAGUUCAUUAUAAUAAGAGAAGAAAACAACCGGGGGGAUUAGAUUGUUGUUUUGCUUAAGUUCCUGCAGUAGAGUAGUGGGGGCUGUACAUGAGGUUACCCAAGUAGCCGGUAAAGACUAGCUGUGAGCUCCUCAUUAUUUUCUUUUGCAAAUUAAUUGCAUUCUGUUACACCCAAAAGAGAGAAUUAUUCAGGACUGAUACAAGUUUUUGUAUGCUUUGCUAGUACAAGCCUCUAAGAAAUUUUAGAAAGGUCAGCGUAUAUGCUAAUCCAGAUCAGUGACAUGGGACCGCAUGUUUUAUAUCACAAGCACCUUUAAUCUUGAGUGAGGUUUUUGCAGAUGUGUGCUCUCAAGCUGUAGUUUGGACUUACACGUGUCAGAAUAGGUAUCACGCAAUGCACUGGUGCAGAGUGUGAACCAAAUUCAUUCCUGCACAGAAGGUGGCAGACACUCCAGUGUCUGAGAAAUGCAGGAAUACGUUACACGAUACAGAAUUUCAUGUUAACAAAUGACAACAUCAUUUUUCCCGUUAAUUUGAUUGGUGUAUUCUGUUGCCGCAAUAUUGCCAUACAUCACUUUGGCUCACAGUGAGAUUCCAGUCUCCAUCUGCCAAAUCCCCUCCUCCUUUCAAGUAAUCAUGGGCUAUACAUGGCUGUUUAAUAUUCAUAAUCAUGUGUCACUUUGACAUUUUCAAAAGGUUCCCAAUCUGAGUCUCUGAUGGCAUCCUGUACAGGCUAUGCAUAACAAUCUUCUCCUCUGUCAUCAAUAAUUGUAGCUAUCCUCAGAGAAGUCACAUAGGGGUUGGUGUGUUGAGAUGAAUACAGGGCUGCUUUAUCGCUGUAGAGUUUUAUUUAAAAGGAAAAGCCUAAAGUGGAUGUGGAAAGGCUUUUUUAAUCCUGAAGACGGUGUGUUUAGGUUCACUGCAAAACACAACUUCAGAUAAUUCUGCAUUCAUCGAAAAACACAGAUAACUUUACAGCAGCAGCAGCAGCCUGUGUGAGGUGCCACAUGACCACACGGUGGGCGGCAGGUCUGUGCUGUAGCAGACGGGACAACUUCCCUUCUUAACAACAUGUAGCUCACAUUCCUGGGAUUCCUACUCCGAGCUCCCUUUUUGAACGGUUCCUGGGGACCUACCUGUGUUUUUAAAAGCUUAAACUACCAAUCAGCCUGUGUGUGCUUACUACAUUACCCAUAAAAAUUAAUGUUAAUUAAUUAAUUAAUUAAUAACAUCACUAGCCACAGAUGUUAGGUUUUGAAUAUCUGCCAUUUUCCUGCUCGUUUUAUUUUAUUUUUUUCAGCUGAGGCCUCAGAGAAAAAUAUAAGUGCAGGGUGAUGCAAGGAGCUGUCAGGAAUUCAAAAGGAGAAAUUUCAUCCUAUAUCUGACAGAAAUGGAAAUGGACUAUCCCUGCAGUGACAAGGAACGCUUACAUUUUGUAUAUAAGUGUGAUCUUGUGAUUAUUUCUUCUGUUAGAACACAUUUUAUAAAUGUUAAAUAUGGUAAAUACAAUGACUAUUAAAGUUUAGAUAAAAACCAGUGCCUCUUAAAUCCCAUUUCACUGUAUGCCGUCUUUUUAUUCCCCUACAAACCACACCGUUGAAUAGCAACUCAGACAUUUUUAUUUCCUUUUGAAUGACCUUUAGGGUUGCAAUAAAGACAUCUUGAAGGCUAGCUCCUACAAGAUGAGAGUAGGAUUAUUGAUAGAGAUGGUAAAAAAAUUUGUAAUUCUGCUUGUUAAAAGGUGAAAUGUUUGGGGUUUUUGGUGAUGGGUUAAU